AUGAAAGUCUUGCAGUUUUGCAGCUCCCUCCAUGGUGGGCAUUUCAGGGAGAAAAGGUUGGGGGCCAUUUUAAGGGCAGGACUGAAGUCCUUUAGCACAGAGAGUGACUCCUUUGGCAGCGGCGAAAGGCUGUACAACUUCGGCUUCAAAAAAGUCACAGAAGAGAUAAAGUCAAAGCUGGUGUACAACCUAUUCAGCCAUGUGUCCAACAAGUACGAUCUGAUGAAUGACUUGAUGAGUCUGCGCUUGCACCGCUGUUGGAAGGACCAGCUGGUGAAAGAGCUGGAUGUAUUUUUAAAAUAUCAUAGCUACAAGAUGCAAGAAGAAAUUUACAAGAGUGAGGCAAACUGGGUAAGUCAGCAUAGGAAAGGGGAAACGGGCGCAUCGUCCUGGGAGGCUGCCUCCAACGGGGAGGCCGCUUCCAACGGGGGGACUGCUUCCAACGGGGGGACUGCUUCCAACGGGGGGACUGCCUCCAACGGGGGGACUGCCUCCAACGGGGAGACGGCCGCCUACAGAGAAGCGACCCCCAGCGAGGGAACCCACUUCGGUGACGGAAAAGGCCAAACCGGCAGCGCGACGAGGCAGCAUGGGACACACCCAAGUGAAGCAAUAAACGAAGGAGAGGAAAGCUCCGACAAUUUUUCUACCUGUAAAAUAUUAGACCUAGCUGGAGGCACAGGAGAUAUAGCCUUUAGAAUAUUAGAAAGGUAUAAGUACUAUUUGGAAAAAAUGAACGAAGGAAUCUGUUUCGAUGGUGGAGAAGGACAUACUGAUAAAUUUUAUUCAAGAUUUACCCCCGAAAUAAUCGUAGGUGAUGUGAAUAAAGACAUGAUAGAAGUAGGAAAGAAAAGAGCAAAGGAAAAAAAUUACGAGAGGAAUAUCAAAUGGGUAAUUCAAAAUGCAGAAAAUUUAAAUUUGUUUGAAGACACCUCAGUAGAUAUAGUUACCCUCUCUUUUGGAAUUCGAAAUUUUACCAACAUUCCAAAAUCGUUAAGAGAGAUCCAUCGUAUUUUGAAACCUGUAGGGAGAUUCUUAUGCUUAGAAUUUAGCAAAGUCACUUGUCCUUUAUUGAAACAGAUUUACAAUUCAUAUUUAUUGAAUUUUAUUCCUCUACUUGGAAAAUUUGUAGCAAGGAGUGAAGACUCUUACAAAUAUUUGGCGGAGAGUAUUCAGACCUUUUUAACUCCUGAUGAGUUAUCACAGAUUAUGCAUCAGAAUUUGUUUCGAAAUAUUUCUUACUCUACUAUGACCAUGGGUAUCGUUGCCAUUCAUUCUGCUUACAAG